AUGGCUCAACUCCUGAGCAGCAUUCUCACCGUGAUGAAGGUCUUCCAGAAAUAUGCCAAUGAGAAUGGGGACUGCACCUCACUGUGCAAGAAGGAGCUGAAGCAGCUACUCUUGGCUGAAUUUGGAGAUGUCCUCCGGAGACCAAAUGACCCAGAAACUGUGGAUACCAUCCUGAGUCUCUUGGAUCGAGACAGAAAUGGAAGUGUUGAUUUCCAAGAAUACCUCUUGUUGGUCUUCCAGUUGGCCCAAGCCUGCUAUCAUAAGCUAGAUAUGGGAUCAUGUGGAGAUAGUGCCAACCAGCAAGAAGAAGGGCAGGAGGGAGCACAAGACCAUAAGAGCCCUAGAAAUAGCGAGAGACAGCACAGGCAUAGGCAUGAUGAAGACAAGCAGGAUUCUCAUCAUGAUCAGUCAGACCGACCAGACAGGGAUUCCUGGCAUCAUCAGUCCAAGAGACAACAUCAGGAUUCAGACUGUGGCCAGUAUGAGGGACAAGACAGAGAUUCCCACCAUAGUCAAAUUGAUAGACAACACAGGGACUUUGGUCAUGGUCAGUCUGAGAGAGACUGCCACCAUGGUCAGUCUCAGAGGCAUGACAGUCACUCCCGCCAUGGUCAGUCUGAGAGGGACUCCCACCAUCGUCAGUCUGAGAGUGACUGCCACCAUGAUCAGUAUGAGAGACAAGACAGGGACUCCCACCAUGGUCAGACUGACAGACAAGAUCAGCAUUCUCACUGUGGUCAGUCUGGGAGACAAGAUAGGGCUUCCAGCUUAGAUCAUUCUGAGAGACAAGGCCAGGACUCUGGCUAUGAUCAAAAAUUGAGUCAUAAGUCUGGCAGUGGCCAGCCUCAAAGAAACUCAUGUGCUGAGCAAUCAGGAAGGGCAAGAAGACUAAGUCAACAAGCUCAAGGACAGGGAGGCCAGAAUAGUCACCAGGCAUGGGAAGGGCAGGCUGAGGAGGAUGCCCAACACCACCAACACAAACUCUUGGCACACAUUCAGCAAGAAAAGUCUCUUUGCCACAAAGGGAGAGACUGGCAAUCCUGUGGCAGUGAGGGGGGGCACAGACAGGCCCAGACCCAGCAGAGCUGUAGUGAGGGGACAAGCCACCAGAGAGAGAGGCAGGGUCAUCAAAGCUGUGGUAGACAGAGUCAGGAAACAUCAUGUGAAACACAAGACAGGCAAACCCAUGAGGAAGAGCAGAACCGUCAAAGAGGAAACAGGCAAACCCAUCUUGAUGAGCAGAACCAUCAGAGAGGAAACAGACAAACCCAUGAGGAUGAGCAGAACUGUCAGAGAGGAAACAGACAAACCCAUCAUGAAGAGCAGAACCAUCAGAGAGGAAACAGGUACUCUGCAGAACGCUUCAUACCUAUUCGAUACUAG